AUGUCUGUGAUAAUUAGACACGUCGAGAUAUGCUUGAAAGUAGUAGGUUUGUGGCAUGAUUCUACAAAUUCAUUCGGAUUUUACCUAGUUAUAUUGUGUCUGAUAUCUCAUAUGCCAUUUCAAUUGUGGCAUGCAGUAGUUGUAAGGCAUAAUUUUGAGGCUCUAAUGGCAAAUCUAAGUGUUUUGAUGACAAUAUCAGCAGCUGUAGUCAAAUUAAUUGCUUUCCGUUUGAAAGGGAGAAAUGUGAGAUAUGUGGUAAAAGAAAUGAUGGAUGACUGGAUAAAUGAAAACCAUGUAUCAAAUGCAUCAGUGAUGAAGGAACAAAUGAAUCGUGGAAAUUAUCUCACUAAAUGGCUAAUUGGAGCUUACAACGGAGUUGUCAUUUUGUACAUGAUCAAUGUUGUAACAAAUUAUUCUUGGGAAAAAAUUGAGAAGAGAGCCUACAUAAUGCCAGCCAAAUAUCCCGUAACUUGGAAGAGAUCUCCAAAUUAUGAAAUUGUUGUGUCCACGCAAUUUAUUGCCGGUUUAUUAAGUAACAACAGCCAAGCAAUGAUUGAAGGUCUUUUAACAAUUUUGGUUUUACACGUUGGCACUAAAGUACACAUUCUAAAAAGAGAGCUUGCAAUAGUAUCUGAAGUAUGCCAAUUAAGUAAAGAUAAAAAACUCACGUCAAAAGCUAUGAAGCUAAUGAUUAAUAAGCAUUUGAAUUUUAUUGAUUUCAUCGAAAAAAUUAAGGACAUCUAUUUUUACGUUUCGUUUUUUCACGUUCUCAUAUUUACACUUUUGCACUUCAUGAUUGCAUAUAUUCUUCUGGAUGCUUUCGACAAAGGGGACAGUUCCAUGAAAAUAUUUAUGUAUGGACUUUUUACAACGCGAAGUUUAUUUAGUACUAUGAUCCAUUGCGCUUGCGGAGAGUAUCUGAUUAAUCAAGGUAAGCAAUUUGUCGAUGAUCUUAACAAUGUCCAAUGGUACGAAUUUAGUAACACUUCUGAUAAGAGAGCAAUAAGCUUUAUCCUGAUGAAAGCACAAAAACCAAUUUGUCUCACGCCUGCAAAAUUUGGUUAUUUAUCUUAUAAUUAUUUGUCUGGUAUAAUUCGAACAUCAUAUUCAUUUCUGUCUUUAGUUCGAGUAUCUCAUUAA